GGUGAACCCAAGACACACGCUAAGGGGUAGGGUAGACUGAGCCCUCUGUAAAUAGACUAGAAAGUCCUCGUUUUCAUGUGCUCCUGCCGUUAAUCUGGAGCAGCACAGGGGCAUUUAUGUCAGUUUGGAGGUUGCUCCAACAGCAUACCCCAGAUCCUUGAUCUGAAACAACAGUUCAUCAUAAUUCAUCACAGUCCGCGAAACCGCUCAGAAAAUUCUCCUUUUCUCUGGUUUUUUUAUCCAGAUCUCUCGUCCUCUCCCCAAGCAACUCCAUUCGCCUUACCAUGAAUAACGCCAUCAACUUUUUCUCUGAAACCAAAUUGGCCUCCGCCAAGACGGUGUUCUCCACCGUUGCCUCUCUCCUCGCCACCGCUAUGGUGUUCCGAACCGUCCUCCAAGAUUUCUUGCCUUACGAAGCCCAGCAAAUUUUUUGUUCUGGAAUUCGACGCUUGUUCAAUCGCUUCUCCCCACAGAUGACCAUGGUGAUCGACGAGUUCGAUGGCAUCGCUUACAACCAAAUCUUCGAGGCUGCCGAGACCUACUUGGGCAGCAAAGUCCACUCCUCCCAGAGGCUGAGAGUGAGCAGGCCGGCCAAGGAGCGCAAAUUCAACAUCAACGUGGAGCGUGAUCAAGAGAUCGUCGACGUGUUUCGUGGUGUCAAAUUCAGGUGGCUCUUGAUAUGUAUUAAGACUGAUUCCAGGAGUAUAUUCAAUCCUCGCGAUUUCAACUCCACAAUUCGAUCCGAAGUUCGAUCUUUCGAGCUCAGUUUUCAUAAGAAGCAUUUGGAUAUGGUUCUCAAUUCCUACUUUCCAUACAUAUUGAAGGAAUCAGUAUCCUUGAUGCAAGAGAAGAAGACUUUGAAGCUCUUCACCGUCGAUUUCGAGAAAAUGUUUGGGAAGAUGACCGAUGCCUGGUCAUCAAUCAGCCUUGAUCAUCCAUCAACUUUUGAUACGAUCGCCAUGGACUCGGAACUAAAGAGCAAAAUUUUGGAAGAUCUUAAAAGGUUUGUCAGGAGGAGGGAUUAUUACAAGAAGGUCGGGAAGGCUUGGAAGCGCGGAUACUUGCUGUACGGACCUCCUGGUACGGGUAAAUCGAGUUUGAUCGCCGCCAUAGCUAACUAUUUGAACUUCGAUAUAUAUGAUUUGGAGCUCACGGAACUCCGGUGCAACUCCGAGCUGAGGAGGUUGCUGCUUGCGACAGCCAAUCGAUCAAUUCUGGUGGUGGAGGAUAUUGACUGUACGAUUCAGUUGCAAGAUCGUUCGGAAAGCCAACUCAUGAAUCCACGCUCAUUUCAGUUCGAGAAACAGGUGACGCUUUCAGGAUUGUUGAAUUUUAUCGAUGGACUUUGGUCAAGCUGCGGUGACGAGCGAAUCAUAAUAUUCACAACAAACCACAAAGACAAGCUGGAUCCUGCUUUGCUGCGUCCAGGGCGUAUGGACAUGCACAUUCACAUGUCAUAUUGCACUCCAUAUGGGUUCAAAAUUUUAGCUGCCAACUACCUUGGAAUAAUAAACCAUUACCUAUUCAGUUACAUUGAAAAUCUCAUUGAAACUACUGAAGUCACCCCAGCUGAAGUGGCCGAGCAUCUACUCCAAAGUGAUGAGCCUGAAAAGGCACUCAGAGAUUUGAUUAAAUUCCUCGAAGUGAAGAAGGAAGAGGCUAGGGUUCAAAAAGAAAAAGAAGAACUAGAGGAAGAAGAGGAAGAAGAGGAGGAAGAAGAAGCCAAGGCAAAAAAAGAACUGGAAUUGCAGCAAGGUGGUAGUGUUGGAGAAAAUGACGAGGUGACGAUGAUGACUAAACGAAUGCCACAGUCUAGUCUGGGCUUUACACUUGGAGAUGGAUAGUCACUCUUGUUUCCUUGGGAAAUACUCGUGUCCUGCAGUGAAAGAAUUGAGAGGAUACAAAGCCAGUCUGAAGACUCUGCCAUCAAUUGAUCUCAAACAUUUUUCAUUCCUUCUGUUAAAGAAUGUUGCCGUGGUACUUUACCAUAAUAUUUCUGCAAUUCUUUUCACAGGGUCCUUGCAAUUAAGAAACUGGAGAUUUCUUCAUGUUUUCUAUGGCAGGACUUGGAGAUCGGUGGAAAAUCUUGAGAGGAGUUGCAAUUGUGGUGAGUGAAAGCCCUCUGAACCCAAUUGGUCCCUUCUCUUUAAUACAUUGUUAGGGAAAUUGCUAUGAUUUUGUUCUUUGUUUCCAAA